UGUAUAUUAUGUGUAACAUUUUAACUUUGGAGACAACACCCAGACUACAGCUUUCAUAGGAUUAAACCCUGAACUAACCACGUCAUUGCUAUAUGUAUUAUAUAUAUUAUAUAUUUUUUGUCCUACAGAUGCAUGUGUAUCUUACUAACCAUAGUAUAGGGACUUCUAGCUAGUGCACGCCUAUACUGGAGGAGCUGUAGCUCUACACCUACAUGAAAUACAAGACACUGAAGUGUGAUCAAGGAAACCUAUAAUGGGCGAAUGUGACAGGUGGCCACUCAAUACCUCUAGUUUAAACUUACCCCGUGUGUUCAGGCUUUUUACACGUGUGGGGGUUGGCUUUUCGUUCCUGGAAGGUUGUAGAGUUCGACUUAAAUUGUGUAAAUUGUUAAUUGCAUGUUUCCAAUAGAACUAGACAAACAGGCUAAACAUCUCUCAUGGUCUCUCUGUUGCUAUGUUACCAUUAAAUUCAUUCAUGUAUUUGACUUUCAGAUGGGUUCAGUGUAGCUGUAAUAAUUAUCUAUUGUGACAUUAACACAACAUUUGUCUCAUAUGAUUCCCCAGUGAUUCUGAUGUAGUAUUCAAGUGUGUGAGUACACAUCUAUUACAUGACACACUGCUGGUCCUCAUCAGCGUCUGUAGCAGUGAUGGGAGUUUCAUUUGAUAUUAUUAUGCAUAUGUGUCUUCUAUUCUGUAGUGUGGGUGGAUGCAGCAUUUAUACAGUUAAAUGCUGCUUUUUUCCAUUUACACAUAAAUAAGUCUGUGCCUCACAGCUGAUUAGAUACAUUUAAAUACAUAGUGCUCAGAUUGUUUAUGUCGCCAGUGCUUCUAGACUACGUGUGCCUGCUACUCAGAUGAGCUAAAGCUUCAGUGUAAACGUGCUGUAUUUGCGUGGUGAUAAAGCCACACAGUGACCUCGCCCCGCACGGCAGCGCCGGCGUACCCCGCGAGCAAAACUAAACGCCCUGACGUGCACCACGUUAGCCUGACGGCUAGCUGCUAGAAGACACGGGCCACGAAAACGGGGCCAAUGCAUGUGAUUUUUCUAAAUGUCCUUGGACUCAGCUGACUAAAGUUUGACAGCUGUCCCGCUAGAUUUCAUGUGGAGGAUUUACCCAGAGAGAGUGGCGAUUCACAUUCGCUUUGAUUAUUAAGCCUUUUCUUGCGUUAAUAGAUGCACAAAUCCACUGCUGAUGACCACACCUGAAGCUCAUUCUAAGUUGUGAGUAAGAAGAGGAGAGGCUGGGCUCAUGACAAGCAUGACAUUGAGCCAAGCCACAGAUGCAUGCCCACUCAAAAGGCCCAACUGAGCGCCAUCCCCCUGCUUCCCCGGCUUUCAACCAGCCUCUCAGAGGGGGGUGCCGACGGGGCGUAGCUAGUCCCCUUCACCCUCAAGUAGCACCUCACUGUGAAACUGGAGGUCUCUGAUGGAUCAGGGUAGUAGUGAGCAGAGUCCAGAGGAACCGGACACAGGAGGACGAGCAGAGGUGGAGGUCGGCAGGAGGGCGUCCGAGUCCGAGCACGGCCUGUCCAAAAUCACCCAUAAUGCCCUUGAGAACAUGGGAGCGUUGGGCCAUGGCCUGAAGCAGUUUUUCCAGCCACAGCGCCGACGCUCCUCUGUUUCCCCACAUGACUCUGUCUCGUCCUGCACAGGCGCCCCUCCCUCCGAACCCCCCGAGGUUGGGUCGGAGGUAGGAGACGCUCCUGCCUCCUCAGCCCUCCCUUUGGAUUCUGACACCCCUGCCGCUUCCGCCCCUCCUGCAGCUCUGAGCCGUGUUCUGCAGCAGAUCCGCGGCGCUCCACCGAUGAUGAAGCGAGGCACCAGCCUGCAGGGCCGGCGCAGCAAGGGGGGGGCCGCUGGGGAUCCUCCUCAGAAAGGUAGCCCCCAGAUCCACAGGCGUAGUACACAUGAAGCCCUGCUGCAGGUUGGGCGCCCGCGCUCCUCCUCGACCACCGAUACGCCCAGCAGCCCAGCCCUCGCUGACAUGCUGCUGACCUCUGGCUACCACUCAACUGAGGAGCCUGACAAGUUGGAUCGUUAUGAUGGCUCAGGUCCUGCCGUGUCACCAAACGCCCUCCCUUAUGGUGCAGACGGUUAUGACGUAGUGGACAGCACCCCAGACCCCCAGCGAACUAAGCAGGCCAUCGCCCAACUGCAGCAGAAGAUCCUCAAGCUCACCGAACAAAUCAAGAUUGAACAAACAGCCCGCGACGACAAUGUGGCCGAAUACCUGAAGCUCGCUAACAACGCAGACAAACAGCAGAGCGCCCGCAUCAAGCAAGUGUUUGAGAAGAAGAACCAAAAGUCGGCCCAAACCAUCCAGCAGCUGCAGAGGAAGCUGGAGCAUUACCACCGCAAGCUGCGCGAGGUGGAGCACAACGGCAUCCCUCGCCAACCCAAAGAUGUUCUUCGAGACAUGCACCAGGGACUGAAAGAUGUUGGAGCCAAGGUGACGGGCGGCCUUUCCAGCUUCUCUCAGGCCACUCACUCCGCCGCUGGAGCUGUUGUGUCUAAGCCGAGAGAAAUCGCUUCCCUCAUCCGCAACAAGUUCGGCAGCGCUGAUAACAUUGCCUCGCUGAAGGAUUCCUUGGAUGAAACCCAGGGAGAUGAGGGUGUUGGCCCCGCUGGGACGAGGACCCUGGGAACUGGGCAACUCCAGUGCAGCCCGAAGUACGGCAGUGACGAUGACUGUUCCAGUGCUACUUCUGGCUCUGCGGGGGCCAAUAGCACCACUGGAGCCCCAGGAGGGCCCCCUAGCUCCAAGGGCAAUACCCUUGAUCAGGCCCAGGCCUCGGGCUUUGAUGCGGUACUCCAUGAGAUCCAAGAGCUCCGGGAAACCCAAGGUCGGCUCGAGGAGUCUUUUGAUAACUUGAAAGCCCACUAUCAGCGUGACUACACCAUGAUCAUGGAGGCACUGCAAGAAGAACGAUACAGAUGUGAACGUUUAGAAGAGCAACUUAAUGACUUGACAGAACUGCACCAGAAUGAAAUAUUGAACUUGAAGCAGGAGCUCGCCAGCAUGGAGGAGAAGAUCGCCUACCAGUCUUACGAGAGAGCGCGGGACAUCCAGGAGGCGCUGGAGGUUUGUCAGACGCGCAUCUCCAAGAUGGAGCUGCAGCAGCAGCAGCAGCAGGUGGUGCAGCUGGAGGGUCUGGAGAACGCCACAGCAAGGACUCUGCUUGGGAAACUAAUCAACGUGCUGCUUGCUGUCAUGGCAGUCCUCUUAGUGUUUGUGUCCACAGUGGCUAACUGUGUGGUGCCGUUAAUGAAGACACGCAGCCGCACGCUGUCCACGCUGCUGCUCAUCAUCCUCCUGGCCUUCCUCUGGAGGCACUGGGAGGCCAUUUCAGAGUAUCUGCAUCGCUUUCUUCUUCACCCCAGAUGACUAAUUUAAGAAAUGAAGGGACAGAGGUGUUGGCACUGAUGUAUAAAGGGAGGACACGUGGGUAGUUUAAUCUCAAUAGUCAAACCUUGUCUUCUUUAGCAGCUUCUCCAAACACUCAGGAGGACUGCGUCAGAGGUUUUGUCACUUUAUAACUUUCUGAAAUGUGUUUUGAGAAGACUAAAACAGAUUAAGGGGACAAAGGGUCAACGCGAUCUCUUUUUGUGCGUUCGUGGCACAGGCACAUAUAGUAAAGCUGAAGGGGGCAUAGUUGAAGAAGAGAACUGCACAUUUGAUUUGUCUGUUCUGAGUGAAUUUGUUUACACGUGGAGAACUUUGCAUUGUUUCCCCACAGAUGAAUUGUAAUUUGUGGUUUUAUUCCUUUUGAGCUGAUCCAAGUGGUGUUGUUUUAAAGUCACUGCUUUUUUUAAUACAGCUAAUUGAUGGCUUUUAUUUUCUUUUAUCUAACGGUGCAUUCUCUCUCUUCUAGUCUUGCCACUGGGGGUUCCUCUCUAGUUUUUUCUUGGCCCUUUAACGUUAAAAGUUCUGCUUAUGUGACCAAACCUUCGUCUCCCUGCUCACUACACUGAAGAAUCGGGUACUUGCACAUCAGACUCGUCACUGGAUCAACUAGUAGUGGGUUCUUAUGUCUUUUAGGUGUGUGAAGUCAAACACUGCUUCUGCAACAGGACAACCUGUUCACCAUCAAGAGCACUGAGUUUGGAGCUGCAGCCCUGUUCUCUGGGCCAACUGGGCCGGCCGUCCUGAUGGUUUCCUCACUUAAGAAUAAUCUAUGAACUGAAUAAACAUACUUGAAGAGCGGUUUAAGUGCUCAAAGACUCAGUGCUUCCGUACUGGUUCUGUUAGUGACAAUGAAAUAGUAAUACCUUUUAGUUGAUUUUUUUAUUUUUUAAAAACAAAUAAAUUUGUUUUUAAAGGUGAAA